CACCACCGCCUUUGCAAACAAAAGACUGAAAGAGGGCGAAAGAAACUGAAAAGUAUCCAUACCAUCUAAAGAGACGGCCAGCACGAGCCACUUCCAUGGCGGAGCUCAGAUCUUCACCGCCGCCAGCCACCGCGAAAACUCCGAUCAACGCAAGCCGGCGGGAAGAGUCAGCGGCGUCCCGUAUUAAGAAAGAUUGCCUCUCGUUUGCAGCUUCGCUGCAAGAAGGCGUUGGUAAUUUUAAAGCCCUUGUAGUUGGUCUGCUGCAGGGGAAGAAGAUUAGGGCAAGAAAUGAGAAAGAAGCAACGGAAGCUGAUUUGCAGACAGCAAAGAUGCAGGUUGAAGCGGCUGAUGCUGCCGAGGAUACAAAGAGGCGUAUUGACAAAUCCAUUUAAAGUAACUAACUUAAUUUUCCGAACAGAAACGUUAAGUUCUUUAUCGCUUUCUUUGUUUGUUUUUUAUUUAAUGGCUGUCGCGGACACUGGUCCGAUCUGUCGUGUGAAGAAUGAAUACGGUUGUAAUUAGUUGAAGUUAGUUUCGAGAGGGUGGGUUAAUUAACGGCAUGUUUGGCCGUGGGGAAAUAAAAGUGUUACUGUGAUUUUUACUAUUUUUCCUUGACAAUGUUUCUUAGGACGAGAGAAAUUUCACACCAA